UUAGGAGCAGCUGUGAAGAUGAAGUGUCUUUCUUUACCAAUGAAUUUUCUUUUUGUGAAUACAGUUUUAUCUUUGCCUGUUUAUCCUCAUGAUGAAGAGAAUGAAAUCACUCAAGGUGACUUGUACUAUGCACAGAAAUAUAUUAAGCAGUUCUUCACAUUAAGAGAUGGCUCUGAAAGUCUCAUUCAAAGUGAGGACUCCUUUUCAACAAAAAUUAAAGAGGUGCAAGAAUUCUAUGGACUGCAGGUAACAGGAAAACUGGAUCCUGAAACAAUGGAAGUAAUGACAGAGCCUCGAUGUGGACUUCCUGAUCUUGCUUCAUAUAGCCUCUAUCCUGGGAGACCUCGAUGGAAUAAAGCAUUCGUCACAUACAGUGUGGUGAACUACGUACCUCAACUAAGCUACUUUGAAAUAGAAUAUGCCAUAUGGAGAGCUGUGAAUAUUUGGCAAAAAGUAAUCCCACUGAAUCUUGUCAGAGUCUAUAAUAUUGAAGCUGAUAUCAUGAUUUCAUUUGAACCACGUGUUCAUGGUGACAAUUUUCCAUUUGAUGGACGUGGAGGGACUUUGGCUCAUGCAUUUUCACCUGCAGGAGGGAUUGGCGGGGAUAUACACUUUGAUCAGGAGGAAAAUUGGACAUUAAGGCGCAAUGGUGUCAACUUAUUUCAGGUUGCAGCGCAUGAGCUUGGUCAUGCAUUGGGUCUUGCUCAUUCCAGAUAUCGAUCUGCUGUGAUGUAUCCAACAUAUCUUAAAAGAAGUUCAAACAGAUUCUCUCUUUCAGUUGAUGAUAUUAGAGCAAUACAAAAUCUCUACGGAACCAUACAAAUGUUUAAUCAAGAAUCCGCACAGCCACUGAUGCCAGAUAAAUGCGAUCCUUCUAUAUCAUUUGAUGCUGUCACCAAGGCUCAUGGAGAUACCUUUCUCUUCAAAAAUGAAUACCUUUGGCGAAAAGAUCAAUACACGGCAGAUGUCACGAUUAGCUCCAUCCAAGAUGUUUGGCUAGACCUCCCAUCAAAUAUUGAUGCAGCUUGUGAAAUUCCUGGAGACAGUAUUUAUUUUUUCAAAGGAUCAAAGUUUUGGACCUACACACACAACAAACUCAAUCACAAAUCAUCUCAGUCUAUUUACUUAUUUCGACUUCCGCCAUAUGUGAAACAAAUUGAUGCAGCACUAUUUAUACAACAAACAAAGAAAAUACUCUUCUUUGUAGGAAAAAUGUAUUGGAGUUAUAAUACAAGAAUAAAGACCAUGGACUAUGGCUAUCCAAAAUGGAUAAGUAGUAGGUGGUCUGGAAUCAAUGACAAGAUUGAUGCUGCCUUUCAAAAUAAUGGAUUGGUUUACUUCUUCAGUGGGUCACGGCUGUAUGAGUAUAACUACUGGAGGAAAGAAAUUAUGCGCACUUUAAGUUCCAAUCAAUGGCUGGGAUGUCAAGCAUCUGAAUUAUGACCCACAAUAUACUGAAUAUUUCCAUCUAUCCUUUCUGGAAUCUUUCACAAAGAAAGAAAGACUACAGGAUUUAUUAAAGUUUA